AUGGGGGUGCAGCGCGUAGAUGCUACCGUAUCCCCAGGGGGCCCCCACGGGGGCCCCCUGGGGGCCCCCUCUGGUGGGGGCCCCCAUGGGGGCCCCCCUGGGGGGCCCCCUGGGGGCCCCCCUUCUGGCGGCGAGAUGGGGGUGCAGCGCGUAGAUGCUACUCUCGGGGGGAACCGACCCCACUACCACGUGGCUAAGCAAGAGUGGAGAGUUCGUUAUUAUAUGAAUGGAAAGAGGAGGAUGCGUACAUACAGCGCGAAGUUUUAUGGGUACGAUGCUGCGCACCAGCUGGCACUGAAGUUUGCUGCUUAUGUUAAUACUUAUGAAACUCUGCCGCUGCAGCAGCAACAAUUCAUGCAGCAGCAACAUGCUAUACAACAGGCGCAACAGCAGCAGCAGCAACAGCAGCAACAGCAACAGCAACAGCAGCAGCAACAGCAACAUCAACAGCAGCAGCAGCAACAGCAGCAGCAGCAGCAGCAGCAGCAACAGCAGCAGCAACAUACUGCGAUGGAUAUAGAUGGAAAUACGAUUCAGAAAGAGCAGCAAACACGCAUGCACUCGCAUCAGCAGCAGCAGCAGCAACAACUGCUGCUUUCUCACCGGCAACUGCAGCAGCAGCAGCUGCUGCAGCUCGCUGCUGCUGCUGAGCAGUUCGUUGCAGCAGGGUCUUCAUCUCCCCCUGAAGCAGAGGGGCCCCUUGGGGGCCCCCCAGCCCCAAGCAGGAGAAGCAUAUCAAGCCAAGGAGACAGCAGAGAGAGGAGAGGGGAGAGGAGAGGGGCAGCAGCAAGGAUAGAAACACACCGAAAUGGUGCUGCUGCUGCUGCUGCUGCUGCAGCAGCAGCAGCAGCAGGCAGUCCUCCUCGGUACCUCUUGCGGGGCCCCAAGGGCCUCCCGCAGCUGAGCUUGGGUGGGGGUGAGGAGACCUUCCAGCAGCUGCAGCAGCAGCAGCAGAGAGGAGAGGGGCAGCAGCAAGGAUAG